AUGUCGAGACCAGGAGAUAGACCUAACCAGGCGCAAACAUAUAAACUAGUGGUGGUUGGAGGUGGAGGAGUAGGAAAAAGUGCUAUCACAAUUCAAUUUAUACAGAGUUAUUUUGUGACAGAUUAUGACCCAACCAUCGAAGACAGUUACACUAAACAGUGUGUCAUUGAUGAUAUUCCAGCUAAGUUGGAUAUCUUGGACACAGCUGGGCAAGAGGAAUUUAGUGCGAUGCGAGAACAGUAUAUGAGAUCAGGGGAAGGUUUCCUCCUGGUGUUCUCGGUAGCUGACCAUGCAAGUUUUGAGGAAUUAUCCAAGUUUCACAAGCAGAUCUUGCGUGUUAAGGACAGGGAUGAGUUCCCAAUGCUCAUGGUUGGGAACAAGGCAGACUUGGAACACCAGAGAGUGGUAACAUUAGAUGAAGCCCAAGGUCUGUCACGGGAAUUAAAAGUCCCCUACAUAGAAUGCAGUGCCAAAGCGCGCAUGAACGUCGACCAAGCAUUCCACGAACUUGUCCGGCUUGUACGCCGCUUUCAAGAGGCAGAAAGGAUUCAUAUCAAAUCUGAAAGUAGGAAUAAGAAGAAAAAAUGCACCAUUUUG